AUGAAUGUCUGCCUCUGGCUUCUUCUACUUAUAAUAUUUGCUUACCAAGUCCCAGAGAUAACCUCCUCCAUUAUAUCUCAGAGCAGUAUCAGUACGUGUGAGGCAGGAAAUGAUAAAGAGCCAACUACCAGUGAGGGAGGGCUGUGCAAAAAGAAGAUAUUAGUCUCCAUGGCACUAUCAGGGGGACAAGGAGAAACGGAAUCACUGUAUGCCAACAUUGAUCAAGCAUAUCAGGAAGAUGAGACUGAGUUGAGUCGACUCAGGAGGCCAUUCCGCAUCGAAAUAUCAAAAACGGAAGUUGUAUCUAAUUAUAGAGUUCAUUAUGUUGGUUCAGCUAAUGGAAAACCAUCAGAGACUUAUUUUCAUAAAAAAGACUGCAAUGAUGCUUGGCACUCAGAAACUCAUGAUCUAGCAUGCGGAGCUCAAGUUGAUGCUUCCGGUGACAGAGUUUGGGACAGUCAAGGGUUUUGUUGCAGAUGCAAUAGCUUGAAUCAAAGAUACAUAAAUCGUGCCGAGCUCGACUGCACAAAUUGGCUAUUUACAGGAUCAACUGGAUGGGGCUCAGCUCAUUGCAUGACCAUGAGCAGCCUAUGGUAUAAUGUGUUUACCAUUGAUCCGCCAUCUCUCCAGUACAAUAUAACAGUGAGAAUACUUCAAUUUAAUGGUGUCAAUAAAACUGCUGGCAGUCUGACUGCAGACUGGUCUCUGCUUUCAACUUUUAAUUUAAAUCCUACGAGAACGCUUGGUCGCUCAUUAAAUGGCAGGGUAUUUGGAGAGAUUCAAGGUGACUUACUUGGUGCACAAGGUCCAAGGGAUUUUUCAUACAAAUACUUACUGAUACCCAGUUUGACGCAUUGGACUGGAGAAAGUCCUCCAGACCAAUAUGUGAAUGGCUCAGUUGACUGGCUAAUGGUUGAUAGACACUUGGUUGAUCUCAGUGGCACAGAAUGUGGCAAAAUUGGAGUCUCUUAUUCUGGCUUCAGACGCCAGCAGGGAAGGUGUGAUGGAUUCAAUGGCUCAUGUUUUUAUAAUCAACCAAUUGAUCUAUGGGAAGUAGACUACUAUCGUCUAAGAAAUAAUAAAACAGCAAGGUUCUUAUUGUCAAGCUUUGGGAAGAUCCAUCCAUCAACCAAUGCCACUAACACAUCGUUUAUACUGAGAUUCCUCCUGGAAGACCUCCACAAUACGUUUGUAUCUCUGAGGAUUGAUGCAUCCGACAUAGUGUUUGUAUAUAAUGUUGGUAGUGGAAGGAUUGUUGAUGUUUAUGCUCUUGAUUUUGAAGCAUUGUCUGAUAGCGGUAAGAUUGUAGUGGAUGUUGAAAACACUGGGGAUGUUACUGCGGAGUUCUCUUUAUCAGUUCUUAACUGUGGCAAUGGUAUCCACACUGUUCGUGCAAGAGUUCUUAACUUGGAUCCGGGACAAAUUCAGAAAUCUGAAUUCAGAGUCGAGUCUUACAGAGCAACUGGAGAAAACUAUGUUUGUGAUGUUCAUUUGUAUGAUUCGGAUUAUAAUUUAAUCCAAACUGCAACUGUUAAUUUUAGAACAAAUUCAACUUGCUUUUGUUUUGGAUCCUGUGGAUGCUCGUGUGAUAGUGAGGAUGGUUUCUCUGUUGAAUGUCCAAAACCUCCUACGAUAGAAAUUCACGCAGCCUCUUUAUUUGUAAGAAUAUUUUUCCUUAUCUUGGAAGCAAUUGGCUUACAAGGAAUAGUUGGAACUUUUGGUGGACUAUUUCUCAUUUUUGGUUUCAUAAAACUAGCAUUUGGAAAGAUACUGUUCUGUCGACAGACAAAGGCACAGCAAUUUGCCAAGGAAUUAAAAAAGCAAGGAAUCCUAGAAGGAACAGGUCCAACUCUUGUUAAAUGCUCUGGCCAGUGUAGAGGAGCACUGGCUAGUAAGGAAAGAUUUAAAAGGAAAGUGAUGAGAUUGAAAGAGAUGGGAAAGAAACCAAACAGACUAGACGACUGGAGAAACUACUCAUACUCAUGCACAUGCCAAAAUGAGCUCACUGAUAUUAAGUUUGUUGAAAUUUUGAAAUCUGUUUUCUUUUUUUACUACUGCUGCAUACUCCCAUGUGUGUGGUUGGGUAAGAAGGUGAUAUGGGGAGUCUUUAGAGACACUGAGAAACAAAAGGCCAAAGCUACAAAAGCCGUUCUAGAGAAGGCAAGAAAAAAAGGGAAUCUUGGCAAGUAUGACUUUGACAUCACGGAACAAGUAAAGGAGUUAUACAGAGAGCCAGAGGAUGAUAAAAAAUCAAAGAAAAAUAAAGAAAAGACUAAAAAGAAUAAAAGAACUAGCAAUACAAAGGAAGGAAAAGAGGAAGAAUCUGAUGCAGAAAAAUUCGGAAAAUUUGAUAAAAGGGACAAUAAAAGUGCUGGAAUUGUAAGAAGUGGAUCUGAUUCUAAAGGUUCCAUUAAUGAAGAUUCCUAUCAUUCAAUCACUGAUACUGAUGAAGAUAUGGAACCAUAUGACAAUUCUGGGAAGGAAGAUUUGGUUAGCGAACAAUGAUAAUUAAUUAUAAGUUUA